AUGCACUUUGUGACGUUGUUGGUGCUAUUAGUGGCCUCAGGUCACGCUCAGAACGCUCCUGAGUCUUCCUCUGAGCUUCCAUCUGAUCCUGAAGCGAUUGCUGAACGUCUACAUCAUUGUACAACGUUGGGAUUUGACACUGAUGCUCUUGACUGCCGUCUCUGUGACGAGCUAUCAUCGUUUUUAGUAUCUGCUACACCAGAAAAGAAAAAGAAAACCGACAGAGCAAUUACUGCGGUGACAAAAGAAUGUCGAGAAUGUUGCACUGAUUUCUCUAAGGUCUUGGAGGCGGAAGGACGUCGGUACUCAAAAGUAGCACUCGUUGUGAAUCGACUGCGCUUAAAGAGAUAUCCGAAAGUAGCGAACUUUCUUGAGCACCAAGCAGAGCAAAUCAAACGACUUGAGGUAGUCGAGACUAAUCCACGACUUCCUAUGCUUCAAUUCUUUGAUGACGAGGGGGAAAAGAUUGAGGAGAUCAGUGUGGCCCAUUGGGACGAGAACUCGAUUGCUGAGUUUAUUGAAAACAAGCUAUUGCCUGAGAAAGCAGCGGAAACUAUUGUGGAGAUGGAAGUAGAAGCAGUCAAGGUGUAG